AUGGUGGGCAUUGUUGACAAUUUAUGCGUCGAUUGUCUAUUGGGAAUGGACUAUAUCGAUAAAAAUCAUGUUAUUCUCGACAACAAAGAAAAACAGGUAUACAUUCAUAAACAAGGUGUUUUGGCAUCACUCCCAAUGGAAGGUCUGCAUCAAAAAGCCAUGUCAACGUGUCGAUCUGUCUCGUUCAUAUCCAUCGAACCGCAACAAGAAAAAUCAAUACAACUUGCAUGUCAAGUCCCAUCAGGUCAUAUGUUAUUCUCGCCUACAGAAGUAUUGAAAACGAAAGGAUUGAUUACAGCACAUGCAGUUAUACCGGUCCGAAAUCAUACAGCUACGGUGUGGAUUUACAAUUCAACCAUGGAAGCUCAAACGUUAUAUUCACAAGAAAUUAUAGGUGAAUUAACACCGUAUGCAUCGGUAUCUGUGGUAGCCACCAUUUUCGAUUCACAAACAAGAAAUCUAGUUGAUGAAGACCAAACCGACUCGGUAACAACAGUUAGCGCAGAAAAUAUCCAUUCUUUGUUAGAACAUAUCAAUGAAAAACAAAAAAUGAACGAAGUAUUGAAGAUCUUCAGGAGACAUCAACAGCUAUUCGACACGUCAAGAACGACAAUAGCCGAUACGGACACUCCACACGUUAUUUGCACUGAGAACAAACCACCACCUACAUCACGACCGUACCCUCAAACUAUUGACAAACAAAAUGCUACAUUUGAUAUCAUUCAACAGAUGUUAAGUAACAAUCAAAUACGACCGUCUUUUUCACAAUAUUCCGCACCAAUAUUGUUGAUCAAAAAGAGAGAUGGUUCAUAUCGUUUUAUUGUCGAUUACCGCAAGCUUAAUAACAUCACGAUUCAAGACAAAUUUCCAUUGCCAAACCUCGAACAAGCAAUCCAAAUGGUAGGCGGUCGUCGAUAUUAUUCGAAAUUCGAUCUUCGAUCGGGUUAUUUUCAAAUACCAAUCAAAGAGCACGACAAACACAAAACGGCAUUUAUCACAACUCACGGACUAUUCGAAUUUAACGUUUUGGCACAAGGUCUUAAAAACAGUCCACCAUCGUUCCAAAGAAUUAUGUCAAGUUUGUUGUUGCCAUGUAAACAGUUCUGUAUUGUCUAUUUAGAUGACGUACUAAUAUUUUCGGAUACAUUCGAGCAACAUUUGCAGCAUGUGAAUCAAGUUUUGGCAAUUCUCAACAAGCAUAAAUUUCAACUCAAUCCUCCAAAAUGCGAAGUAUUUCGCACGGAAAUAGAUUAUUUAGGUCACACAAUCAGUCGGGAUGGAGUUCGGCCACUAUGGGAUCGUAUUGAAAAGAUUUUAUCUAUUCCACAACCAGUAUCAUUGAAUCAAGCAAAUACCUUUAUUGGUGCUAUUGGGUGGUAUAGAAAAUUCAUCCAGGAUUAUGCUCGCAUCGCCGCCCCUAUAUUAGCGGUUACUAAUCUGACAAAAGCGAACAAAAACAAAUUUCGUUGGGGACAGGAACAACGCGACGCUUUCGAACAAUUGAAAAUGUUAUUAGUUACCGAACCAUUGUUUCUCACUUAUCCUGACGAGGAAUUAUCGUUAACGUUAGCAAUCGAUGCGUCAGAUGAGUGCAUUGGAGGUGUGCUUUAUCAAGAAGAUGAAAAUAAUCACAAGAAGAAUAUUUAUUUUCAUUCACAAAUGUUACCAAAGCCACAACGAAAAUGGCCAACGAUUGAAAAGGAAGCAUUGGCUAUCUAUUACUGUGUGUCACGUAUGAAAUUAUAUUUACUCGGACGAGAAUUUAUCGUCUAUACAGAUCAUUGUCCGCUUCGCGAUAUGCAUCUUAAACCAUCGAAUAAUCGUCGAGUGGAUCGUAUAUCAUUAAUUUUACAACAGUACAACAUCAAGGAAAUUCGUCAUGUGUCGGGUAAGUGCAAUUGUAUGGCUGAUUAUUUGUCUAGAUAUCCACGUCAAGUCGAAGACGACGACGAAUUUAUCGAAAACGAUUUUGGCAUAGUUCCUGGUCUUCAGGCGUUCGUUGCAAUAACUACUAGAGCUCAAGCGAAAGCACAAUUAGUUGUCUCGAAUAGUGGAAAAAAUGAGUCAACAACAGCACAAUCGUCGCCAGAAGAUGAUCAGCCAUCAAGAGUGGCUGGUCAUGAGUUUGAUGUCACCAAGAUUGGCGAUGCACAAAAACAGGAUUCAUUUUACCAAGAACAAGUUCUGAAAUUACAACAAAAGUCGUCUAACUGUUCGUUUGAAGCAAAGAAUGAUAUUCUUUACAAGCUCGUCAACAAUGAUAAGAUAAACAAAAAAUUAAUUUAUGUACCAGCAACAUUAAUUUCUCAAGUGGUGGAAGCUUAUCAUGCAUCAUCGUGGGCGGGCCAUUUUGGGUUCCGUCGAACGCAUAACAAUUUGAAGGAUCGUUACUGGUGGCCAAAUAUGAAAGAUACAAUUAGGAAUUACCUUUCGACAUGUUUGAAAUGUCAAAAAUUUAACUUCGCGCGUCACAAAGCAUUUGGUCAUCUUAAUCCUAUUGAAUCACCGAGGGGUCCAUUUCAAAUUAUUGGUAUUGAUUAUUCUGGACCGUUCCCGACAACGUCAGACGGCCACAAAUACGUAUUAGCAGUCACAGACUAUUUUACAAAAUGGGUAAUUGCGAUACCGACGGAGAAACAAAACGCCCAAACAACGGCCGCGGCUCUUUACGAACAUAUUAGGGUGCCAUCACAUUAA